ACAGCAGGCGAACUCUAGUCCAGAACAAAAUGCCGACGCCUCUGGAUCGCGCAUUAAACUCCAAGAACCUAUUUCUAGGGUUUGCCGGCAUGGUGACUGCAGCGGCCGCUUGGGCCAUCUGGGGUGGCGAUAUGUUCCCGGCUGAAGCUGACCCAACUGGAGGCACGGGAUCGAAUUCUUCUGUGGUUGUAGGUAUACCAAACUGACGUCUAAAAGAUCCGGAAAACUGGACUGCAGAUGAAAUGCGGACAUGGCUUCGAGUU